AUGGAGGCAGCGGCAGAGGAGCGAAAUGAUGUCACCGGCGCGGAAGAGUACGAAUACGAGGAGAUAGUAGAAGAGGUGGAAGAAGAGGUAGAAGAGGAGAUAGAAGAGGAGGUAGAAGAGGAAGAGGGCGAUGGAGAUGGAGGAUCUCAGGAACGUGGGGUAGAUAAAGUAGAUAGUGGAGGCCAGGAGAUGAAACAAUCAGUUAGCGGUACAUCUUCCGAAGGGUUAGUAGUUCGGGUCGUAGGGUCUCACAUAGAAUUGUAGUUUUAUUCGUUAUGAAAGUGCGCAUUUGUUUUAGAUUUUCGCCCUUACCGUAGAUUCAGGCUUAGUUCUUGGUUCUGUUAAAGUUUUUGGUCCCCAUCCAGAUUGGCACGGGAUAUUCGCAGUCAGAACAUAUGGUAAUCUGACUUUUUCUUGUUUGUUAGAAAAAUCUUCGUUGGCGGCCUUGCAUGGGAGACGACAGAAGGUAAACUAUUAAUUUCCAUUCUUUAGUAUUUUGGUUUUUCAUGUCUCUCUGGUGUCAUUACACUGUUCAGUUUUGGAAAUCAUUAUUAUGCAUUUAGAGAUCUAUUACGUACUAUGAAUCCCCUUCUUUCCUUUAAUGAUUACGGCUCGCAGCUACGUUUAUGUGUGUUUUGAAAAGUUUGUUUUUAUGAUGGUAUAUUUAGUUCAUAGUUCCUUUGAUACGUAGGCGGCUGCUUGGUAUAAUGCUAGUUGCUGGGAAACCAUCAUUCAUAGGCAUUAUUAUCCACCCUUAUGCACCGCAGUUUACUUAAUCGCUGUGGGUCCAAAGGCAUCGUAUAAGUUUAUAUCCAUUAGUUUACCUGGCGCAGACGGACGCCAUGCAAUACGAUCCGCCAUCAAGUCACGUUUUUUUGUUGGUCAGAAAAACGUUUUCGUAAUGUUUCUGCAAUUUUUCUGGAGAUAUAUAUAUCUUUCUCAUUGGGUCCUUGAUAAACAUUGGCUAAGACAUUAUUCAUAUUGCCCUGACCCAUUCUAAUAGGGCAAUGGAUGCAUUCCAUUGCAUAUUUUAUAAUUAUGACACUAAAAAUAAUUGCAUUCUGUUUAUCUGACAUAUAUUUACAACAUUCUGAAUCAGGUGAUUCUGAUGAUGAGAAACGGACAUAUUAUUUGUACCUGACCUUUAUCAGUGAUUUUAAAUAUAUGUCGGGGAGAAAUGCAUCAUGAAGUAGAGAGUAUCGAACUUGUAAUCAACGCUAUUAAUAUUUUUUGUUUACGUAGGAUUUUUUCUAUCCAUAUAUUCCCAUUCAUUGAAUAAACUCUUUAGUCAACAUAUUUAGAUAAGUUCCAUGCAAUUGAUUUAUAUGAUGCCUCCUUCAUAUGAUCACAUACCGUGGAAUCUUGCAUCUAGGUCUGAUGGAUUGCUUCUGAAUGACAAGUUCGGUAAUUAUUUUUCAUAUUCUUACCUUAAGCUUGUGAAUGGUAUUUAUUACUUUGGUUGGAGAUGUAUAAUCAGCAGAAUAUGCGGCUCCUAGUUACUGUCGAGUCCAAUUUGUCUUGACAUUGAAUUCUUCUUCUUUUGUCAUUAAUUUUUGGAUCAGUUUCCCACCUAGUAGCUAACUCUUUAGUCUUUCCAUUGCUCUUUUUCAUAAAAAAUAUCUGCCAUUUCUAGCAUCUUAGUAGGAAUGUUGACACCUUUUUGAGGUUAAAAGUGAGUAGAUAAAAAGAUGUGAAGGUAUAAAAAGAUUUUUUGAGCAGAAUUUUGUGCACAAAAGAGCAUUCCUAAAAGAGAAUUUUGAAGUGCUUUCAAUUUACCGUUCCCACCAUACUUCAUUAGUGUCAUCUUUUCUUCUUCCAGCUACUUUUGUAUUUUUUAUUUAGGUUGGUUAGAUUUUUUGAAUAUCCAUGCCCAUCAAUAAGCGAGUUAUUUCAUGGCCACCUUUUGGAAAAUGUUGGACGGAUUUUUUUUGGAAAACUCGAGUCCAUUUGAGAAUCUGAAAAAGCAAUAUCAGAAUCACUUGUAGUAUUUUUCAAAUGAUUGCCUCUUGUAAGAGGACUCACAAUCCUGGAUUACCACAACUUUUUAGUCCUUUGUUUAGAAAUUAUCAAGUUGUAUGAUUAUUUUAAUCCUUUGUUAGCUUUUUCUUUGCCUUGUUAUCUGCUGUAUUUCAAUGUAACAGUGAUGUUGGAGAGAUGUUUUUAUUCCUUUUAUCUUCAAAUGGUAGUUGUUAUUUAUACCAGAGGAAAUACGUUGCUUUUCCAAUAGUGUUUCAGUUGUUUUUUUACGAGAGAGGUAAGGAUCUGUUCAGGUUAUGGCUUCCCAAAUAUUUGAAUGCAGAUUGGGUCACUUUAUGGCUUCUAGGACUGGUCAACUAAUAAUUGAUGACUGGUUUCACCUAGGUUAAAUUUGGUUGAAUAAGUUAUUUAAAUGAUUAUAUGUUGCUUUUAUGGUGUAUUUCUAUUUCUUUGGGAUUAUGACGAGAAAAUUUAUCGUCUGCAUGUAAGAAAUUCCUUCACUAUCUAUGUUUUUCAACCGUUCCUUUGGCAGAUACUUUUUCCAAGCACUUCAGGAACUAUGGUGAGAUCACCGACUCUGUGAUUAUGAAGGAGAAGGGCACAGGAAGGCCUCGAGGGUUUGGUUUUAUCACAUUUGCCGACCCAUCUGUCGUUGAAAAGGUCCUGGAAGAUGACCAUGUAAUCGAUGGAAGAACGGUACGUCCGCUCAAUGUACCAUUUAUUCAACGUUUCAUGUUUCUUUCACUUGCUUGACUCUUUGAAUGAGCUGAUACACGAAGCCAACCUUCGCUUCACUUCCAGGUAGAAGUAAAGCGCACUGUGCCGAGGGAGAGCAUGCAGACCAGAGGAGGCUCCAAGACGAAGAAAAUAUUUGUCGGCGGACUGCCCACCUCUCUAACAGAAGGUUGGCAUGGAAGCUCUUGUUUCUCCCAUUCAUGCUCCCAUAUUCUGGGGUUUCUUUGACCUCCCAUCCACUUGCAGAAGAGUUCAAGGAUUACUUCAGUUCAUACGGCGCUGUCGUGGAGCACCAGAUAAUGCUCGAUCACAAGACUGGGAGAUCACGUGGCUUUGGCUUCAUCACCUUUGAGAGUGAGGAUUCGGUCGAUGAAGUCAUGUCUCAGGGCAAAAUGCAUUCCCUGGGUGGUAAGCAGGUUUGUCCGAAGACCUUACAGUCCUGAAAUCCCAUUUUUUUCAAUCUUUUUAAUAUGAUAAUUAGCCGAUCUUCAGCAAUCGUACUCGUUAAUUAGUUCACAAAAAAUAUCUGGGUAGGUUGAAAUCAAGAAGGCUGAACCGAAGAAAGGAGGGGAGGAUGGAAGGGGUGGCUAUGGUCCUGGUGGAGGGAGUGCAUAUGGAGGAGGGUACGGCGGUGGUGGUUACGGCUAUGGCGGAGGCCAUCGGUCUGGUGGCGGCGGCGGCUAUGGUGGGCGGAUUUCUGCUCCAGUGGGAGGAUACGGCAGAGGCUACGGUGGCGGCUACGGCGGAGGGUACGAAUUUGGAAUGGGCUACGGCGGAGGGUACGGUGGGCCCAUGUACGGCGCCACAGGAUACGGCGGCGGCUAUGGAUAUGGUGGGUCUUAUGGCGGCGGAGGUGGUGGAUAUGGUGGUGGCGGUGGUGGCCGGUAUGGUCGCUACCAUCCGUAUGGAAGAUGA